AUGGAGUACACAAGCAUAAUAAUACCUGCAACAAAAAACAUAUGUCGAACCUGUUUAUUAGAAUUUGAUGCUUGUGAUCCAACUAUGUAUAGGAAUAUUCAAGAUUUGAUUGAACAUGAAAUGAAUAAAAUAAAGCUUAUAGACAUCUUAGUCUUUCUGAAUUGUCUGGAAAAUAAUGAUGAAGAAAACUGGCCCCAAGGAAUGUGUGCUUCUUGUGUUUCUACUGCAUUGCUGGCUUAUAACUUUAAGUUAAAUUGCUUAAAAGCCAAUGUUACACUAUCGCAAAUUUUCGCCAUACAAUCUACACCAAAUAAUUUGCAGAGUGCUGAUUUAAAUUCCAUUGAUAUAAAUGUUGUUUAUCAGGACCAUGAAUAUGAUGUUCCUCUCUUUAAUAGUCACCCAGCUAUUGAUUUUGCACCAGAAAUACCUGAAAAUAAGGAACUAACACCUCUACCUCCUGUGACUGAAAUAACAUCCACAGAGCGACUUCAGCGUAAAGAGGCUGAGAAACGCUAUUCAUGUACUAUAUGUGCAAAGUCAUUUACCAGGAUCUACAGUCUGAGAUAUCACAUGGCGAAACAUACUGAUUUCCGCAAAUAUCUUUGCCCAAGAUGUGGUAAAACAUUCCACACAUCCAGUGGCCUAAGGCAGCAUUUAGUGUCCCACAUUGACAUCAAUCAGUUUAAAUGUGGUUUCUGCAACAAAACUUACAAAUCAAGGCAAUCUCUUAAAGAACAUUUUAGGGUUGCCCAUUCCAGUAAUCGCAAAUUGUUUGCUUGUGUUACAUGUGACAAGAGAUUCACAGCAAAAUCUACAUUGAUGAUGCAUAUCAAGAUUCACGAAGGCUUAAAAGAAUUUGCUUGUCCUGAUUGUCCUAAAACAUACACGAGGGCUACUUAUUUGAGAGCUCAUAGACUGACUCACUUGGGUCAACAGAAACCCAGGCCAUUUGCAUGCCUGUACACACAUUGUGACAGGAGUUUUGCUACUAAACAUUCUUUAGUAGUGCAUAUUGCACAUACACACACUAGUGAGAGACCUCAUAAGUGUGAUGUGUGUUAUAAAGGAUUUGCUACAUCAUCUGGUCUGAAAAUCCAUAAAGAAUCUCAUUCCAACAGAGAGGUUUCAUGCAGUAUUUGUGGGAAGAAGUUGGCUAACAAGAGAGUAUUGCAGAAGCAUGUAAGGGCCCAUAAUGCCCAGAGCAAUGUUAUUUCAGAGCAUGUAGUUGAUUUUUGCUCACCAGUAUCAAUCAUUUAA